AUGCCUCGUGGUCAGAAGAGCAAGCUCCGUGCCCGUGAGAAACGCCAGCAUGCCCGAGAUGAAUCCCAGGGUCUCCAGGGUGCUCAGGCCACAGAAGAAGACCACGGGAUGCUCCCCUCUUCCUCUCCUGUUUUGGGGGAUAGUCCCCCAAGCUCCCCUGUUAGCAUUUGGCAGGAGUCUGAGAGAACCCCAGUCAUCCCCACUCCUGCUGCAGCUCUUUUAUACAAAAAAUCUGAUGGAGGGGUUGAGAGCCAAGAUGAGGAAAGUCCCAGCCCCUCCCAGGUGCCAACCCCCAACAAAGAUCCUUUAUCUAGGAAGGUGACCAAGUUGGUGCACUUCCUGAUGGAGAAGUAUGUAAUGAAAGAGCCCAUUAGGAAAGCAGACAUGUUGAAGAUUGUCAACAAAAAGUAUAAGAAGCACUUCCCUGAGAUCCUGAGGAAAACCACUGAGCACCUAGAGGUAGUCUUUGGCCUUGAAUUGGAGGAAGUCGGCCCCAGUAGUGGCUUCUAUGCCCUUACUAGCCAGCUGGAUAUCAGUAGUGGAAGGGCUUUAUGUGGUGACAUGGGGAUACCCAGGACAGGUCUCCUGAUGAACCUCCUGGGUCUGAUCUUCAUGAAAGGUAACCGGGUCGCUGAGGAGGAGAUCUGGGAAUUCCUGAAUAUGUUGGGGAUCUGUCCUGGGAGGAGGCACUUAAUCUUUGGGGAGCCCAAGAAGUUCCUCACUAAAGAUUUGGUGCAGGAAGGGUACCUUGAGUACCGGCAGGUGCCCAGCAGUGAUCCUCCACGCUAUGAAUUCCUGUGGGGUCCAAGAGCACAUGCUGAAAUCACCAAGAUGAAAGUCCUGGAGGUUUUGGCCAAGCUCAAUGAUACUGUGCCCAGUGCCUUCCCUGAUCUGUAUGAAGAGGCGUUGAGAGAUGAGGCAGAGAGAGCCCAUGCCAGAGUUGUAGCCAGGGCUAGAAAUCGUGGCAUGGCCAAUGCAAGUUCCAAGGCCAUGUCAAGCAGCUCCUCCCAUAUGUAG